AUGGCAGCUUUUGCAAGUGAUGAUGUUAUUACACCCCAGGUCAAGGAGAGUGACAUAAAUUCAGGUUUUGAUGAACCAAAUAGCCCGAAUACUGACGGGUGGACUGUGCUGCGCGACGCUGUUACUGAAGACGCGCUAGACGUCGUAAAAUAUCUUGUUGAAACAGGCGCUGAUGUAAAUGGAAAAAAUGUUGAUGAGAGGACAGUUCUGCACGAUGCUGUCACAGAAAGUACCCUUGAGAUGGUUAGAUAUCUUGUAGAAAACGGUGCUGAUGUGAAUACCAAGUUUACAGACGGGUGGACAGUGCUGCACUCAGCUGUUAAUAAAGAUAGGCUAGAAAUUGUGAAACAUCUUGUUGAAAACGGCGCUGAUGUAAACGGGAAGGAUACUUACGGGUGGACUGUGCUUCACAGUGCAGUUACUAAUGGGUCGUUAGAAAUGAUAAAGUAUCUUAUUAAAAACGGCGCAGAUGUAAAUGGUAAGGAAAAUAACGGGUGGACAGUGCUCUACUACGCCGUCACUGAAGGUUCGCCUGAAAUUGCAAAACAUCUCGUUGAAAACGGCGCUGAUGUCAAUGGGAAGAGUAUUGAUGAGACUACAGUGCUUCACGAUGCUGUUUUGGAAAGUACACUGGAAAUGGCAAAAUAUCUUGUUGAAAAUGGCGCAGAUGUAAAUAGCAAGAAUGCUUGCGGGUGGACAGUGCUACACAGCGCUAUUACUACUAAAGGUACGCUAGAGAUGCUUAAAUAUCUUGUUGAAAAGGGAGCUGAUGUGAAUAGCAAGAUGGCUAAUGGUUGGACAGUGCUGCACUCUGCUGUUACUGAAGGUUCUCUGAAAAUAGUAAAAUAUCUUAUUGAAGAAGGCGCCGAUGUAAAUGGAAAGGAUUCUGACGGGUGCACAGUGCUGCACAUUGCGGUCACUAAAGGUACGUUUGAAAUCGUAAAAUAUCUUGUUGAAAAAGGCGCUGGUGUAAAUGAAAAGGAUACUGACGGGUGGACAGUGCUGCACAGUGCUUGUAGUAAAGGUACGCUAGAAAUAGUGGAAUACCUUGUCAGAAGAGGGGCUGAUGUAAAUGGCAAAAAUUCUAAUGGUUCGACAGUGCUCCAUUGUGCUUGUACAAAAAGUACUCAAGAAAUAGUGAAAUAUAUUGUUGAAAAGGGCGCUGAUGUAAAUGGUAAGAAAGAUAACAGGGGGGGAGUGCCGCACAAUCCUACCACUGGAAAUGCGCUGGAAAUGGUAAAAUUUCUUGUAGAAAAUGGCGCUGAUGUAAAUGGCAAGAAUACUACCGGCUGGACAGUGCUGCACACUGCUGUUGCAAACGGUUCCCUAGAAAUGGUGGAAUACCUUGUUGAAAAAGGUGCUGAUGUGAAUGGAAAGAAUGCUAACGGCUGUACAGUACUGCACUGUGCUGUUUCUGAAGGUACAAUGGGAACGGUGAAAUAUCUUGUUGAAAAAGGCGCUGAUGCAAAUGGAAACGAUAAUGACAGAUGGUCAGUGCUGUACUGUGCUGUUACUGAAGGUACACUAGAAAUGGUGAAAUAUCUGGUUGAAAAAGGCGCUGAUGUAAAUGGUAAUAAAACUAACUGUUGGACUAUACUGCACGCUGCUGUUACGAAUGGUAACCUGGAAAUGGUGAAAUGUCUUGUUGAAAGCAGAGCCGAUGUAAAUAGUAAAAAUGCAUACGGGUGGACAGUGUUGCACUUCGCUGUUACUAGAGGUACGCUAGAAAUUGUAAAGUAUCUUGUUGAAAACGGCGCUGAUGUAAAUGGUGAAAGCAUUAACGCUUUGACAGUGCUGAACGCCGCUGUUUCAGAGGGUACCCAAGAAAUCGUAAAAUAUCUCGUUGAAAAAAAAGCUGAAGUGAAUGGAAAGAAGACUGCCGGUUGCACAGUGCUUCACAAUGCUGUUACGAAUAGUACGCUUGAUAUGGUAGAAUAUCUUGUUCAAAACGGCGCUGAUGUAAAUGGAGAGAAAACUGACGGGAGUACAGUGCUUCAAAGUGCUGUUACUAAAGGCACGCUGGAAAUAGUAAAAUAUCUCGUGGAAAAAGGUGCUGAUGUUAAUGGUAAGAAUGCUUCUGGUUGGACAGUGCUUCACAAUGCUGUUACGAAUGGUAUGCCAGAAAUGGCGAAAUAUCUCGUUGAAAACGGCGCUGAUGUAAAUGGAACGAAUGUGCAUGGUUGGACAGUGCUUCAUCAUGCUGUAACGAAUGGUACGCUGGAAAUGGUGAAAUAUCUCCUUGAAAACGGCGCUAAUGUAAAUGGAAAGAGUGCUUACGGUUGGACAGCGCUGCACGCUGCUGUUACUAAAGGUACGCUGGAAAUAGUAAAAUGUCUUGUGGGAAAAGGUGGUGAUGUAAAUGCAAAGGAUACUAGCAGGUGGACAGUGCUGCACGGUGCUGUUGCUGAAGGUACGCUAGAAAUGGUGAAAUAUCUUGUUGAUAAGGGUGCUGAUAUGAAUAGCGAAAACAACAACGGGUGGACUGUAUUGCACAGUGCUGUUUCUAGAGGGACGUUAGAAAUAGAAAAAUAUCUUGUUGAAAUGGGCGUUGAAGUAAAAGGAAAGAGUUCUGCUGAUGGAUGGGCAGUCUUGCACGUUGCUGUCAUUGGUGGUGGAUUUGAAAUUGUCAAGUAUUUAGUUGAACAGGGCGCUGACAUAACUCUGAAAAGUAAAACCAGCGUUCAUACUCUUGGCAUUGAUAUCCUCAAGAUGGCUGUUGUAAACAAUUCAAUUGUUUUGGUAAAUCGUUUGUUGCAAAAGAAGAUUGCUGUGUGGAGAGCGAGAACAUUUCUUGUUGAAGGAAGGCAAUUGAGUCUUCUUGAAUGGAGUACUCACCUUGGUCAUGAAGAAAUUACUAAUAUCCUCAAAACGUCCGUAAAACAUCGUGAGAAGAUUCACAUGUUGAAAACAAUGAAUUGCAACGAGUUAGGCAAGACUGAAAUACCGAUACAGGCUUUUGUUGCAAAGAAUCAAUUCAAAAUUGGCGGUGGUGGUUUUUCUUCUGUCUAUGUUGGUCUCAUGAAGGAUGGAAGUGAAGUUGCAGUUAAGAGAAUUUUGGUACAAAGUGAGGACAAAACAAUUGAAAACGAAAAGGAGAUCAUGAAUCUUAUUGACACAAACAACUCUCCUUUUAUAGUCAAAUAUCGAUAUUUUCAUCGUGACAAUGACUUCAUGUAUCUUUUUGUUGAUCUUUGCGAAGAAACCUUGAGGGAACUUGUUCAUGCAUGCAGUAUUGACUAUCUACAGGAGCAUGGUCCACGAAUGAUUUGGGAGAUUCUAUCUGGAAUUGAAUUUCUUCACGGUAAAGGAAUAUUGCACAGAGAUCUAAAACCAUCAAAUGUCCUGGUUGAUAUCGAAGGCCGCAUGAAAUUGGGUGAUCUUGGAAUAAGCCGCGUUCUAAAUUACGAUAAAACGACAGUUGUUACAUUCGCUAAAGGAACUCCCGGAUGGAUGCCACCGGAAGUAAUUAAGGCAAUCGACAGAAAUGAAAAGGGUCCUUUUAAAAAGAAAUCGGAUGUCCAGGUGGCGGGUAUGAUUGCUUUCUUUAUCUUAACUAAGGGUAAACACCCUUUUGGAGCUAGCAUAGAUCGAAUGAGAAAUAUUCUACACGGGAAACCCAACAAUUUGUGGAAACUUGGUCAUGGUAGAGCUAGAAGGUUUGUGUCGUGCCUUAUUGAUCACAAAAUUGACGAUAGACCUUACGCUCACGAAGCACUGAGAGAUCCAUUUGUUAAUGGUGACGAAUGA